GAAGUUGAGCAAAUAAGAGGCUGAGACAAAGAGCAAACAAAGUCAAAGUUCGGCCUGAUCGUUCUCAUAAAUAGAAGGUCUCCCUCUGUCCAGCUUUACUCUCUGUGGUUGAUAAUACAUACAGUGAGCUCCAACCAGAAGAAGUUGACCAUGAUGCAUGCAGCCUUGGCUAUCUGGAUCUUAUCAGCAGUGUUCUGCGUGGGUAGAGGCGAUCACCAUUUUGGCCAUGCCAAUGAAGACCAGGAAACUGACAGCAGCCUCUCACAGGUGUCCACAGCAAACAAAGAGUUUGCCUUCCGUCUGUACAGAAAGUUAGCAGCUCAUCCCGACUUUCAAGGAAAAAACAUCUUCUUCUCACCAGUCAGUAUUUCUACUGCCUUGGCUGCCUUGUCCGUAGGAGCCCGGGGGGAGACCCACCGGCAGCUUUUCAGUGGUCUAGGUUUCAACAGUUCCCAGCUCAUGCAAGCAGAUGUAGAUCAGUCCUUCCGUACGCUCCUGCAAAAUGCAAAGAGUGGUGACACCAGUGAGGGGACUGCCGUGUUUGUGGACAACCGCUUUAAGCCUCAACCUGAGUUCCUGGAGGUGUUGAAGCAGUCCUAUUUUGCAGAAGGGUUUAAUGUUGACUUCACCCAAGCCACGGAGAGUGUCAAUACCAUCAACAAGUAUGUGGAGACCAAGACCAAUGGGAAGAUUGACAAGCUGGUUGAGAGCCUGGAUGUAAACACAGUCAUGUAUCUUAUCAGCUACAUAUACUUUAAAGGAAAGUGGGAGACUCCGUUUGAUCCUCGGGACACCAGAGACGACCAUUUCCAUGCGGAGAACGCUCAGGUUCCAGUCCAGAUGAUGAAUAUGGAAGAGGAUGUUGAUAUUUAUGAUGACAAGCCCAUUAACACAACAGUCCUCCACCUCCCCUUCAACGGCACCCACUCCAUGCUGCUGAUGUUGCCUGAUAAUAUGGCAACCCUGGAGAACGCCAUUAGCCCGGGCCAUGUCAACAAAUGGCUGAAAUGGAAGAAGAAGAGGACAUACCACAUAUAUGUUCCAAAGUUCUCCAUCAAGACUUCCUACGAACUGAACAAAGUGCUGACUGAAAUGGGAAUGGCAGACAUGUUUCGUGAUAGUGCAAAUCUGACUGGUAUUUCAGAGGGGCAUAAACUGGCAGUCUCAGAGGUGGUACACCAAGCCACCCUGGAUGUUGAUGAGGCUGGAGCCACAGCAGCAGCUGCUACAGGCAUCGGUAUCAUGCUCAUGUCCCUCCGGAUCGUCCCGGUCUUGAAGUUUAACCGCCCAUUUAUGGUCAUCAUCACUGAGCGUAACACAGAAAACAUUGUUUUCAUGGGAAAGAUUAUUAACCCAAACAUCUGAUGGAGGAAAUGUUUUGUGUUCUUCCACGGUUGUUGCAGUAAACAUAAAAUACUCAGAAAAACAAAACAAAAACAAAAAACA